CAGUCCGGAGACUGCUGCUCAUCUGAGUGGGUCCAGAGGGAAGGUGGGAGGCGAGCAGGAUGACCAGACCCCUGCGGCAGCCUGCCGGGCUCGGACCAUUCGUUCUGCUGUGGCUGCUGCUGCCCGCGCCAAGUGGGCGCGGGGUCCAGGCCGGGCGGGCCUGGCCCGUCCCACCCUGCCCAGCGGUCUGCGAACCCACGCGCUCCCCGCGGCCCCGGUGCUCGGCGGGGACCGCGCCGGUGCUCGACCGCUGCGGGUGCUGCCGGGUCUGCGCCGCGGCCGAAGGCGAGGCCUGCGGCGGGCCGCUGGGCCGGCCGUGCGCCCCGGGACUGCAGUGCCGCGCGCCGCGCGCUCCCCAGCUCCUCGGCGGCCGCCCGUUGGGCACCUGCGGCUGCCCGGCGGCGGGGGGGACUGUGUGCGGCAGCGACGGGCGGACCUACCCUAGCCUGUGCGCGCUCCGAGCCGAGAACCGCGCCGCGCGCCUCCGUGGCGCGCUCCCCGCAGUGCCAGUGCAGAAGGGGGGCUGUGGGGACCCAGGGGCCGGAAGUGCAGGCUGGCCCAGGAGCAAGUUCAACUUCAUCGCCUCGGUGGUGGAGAAGGUGGCCCCGUCCGUGGUUCAUUUACAGCUGUUCCGCAGGUCGCCUCUCGGCAGUGAGGAUGUCCCUGCGUCCAGUGCCUCUGGGUUCAUAGUGUCUGAGGAUGGGCUAAUUGUUACCAACGCCCAUGUCCUCACUAACCAGCAGCGGAUCCAGGUGGAGCUGCAGAGUGGGGUCCAGUAUGAAGCCACCGUCAAGGACAUUGACCAUAAACUGGAUCUUGCCCUGAUCAAGAUUGAGCCAAAUACUGACCUCCCUGUAUUGCUGCUGGGAAAGUCAUCUGACCUGCGAGCUGGCGAGUUUGUGGUGGCCUUGGGGAGCCCGUUUUCACUGCAGAACACGGUGACGGCAGGAAUUGUCAGCACCACCCAGAGAGGGGGCAAAGAGCUUGGGCUGAAGGAUUCAGACAUGGAUUAUAUCCAGACAGACGCCAUAAUUAAUCACGGGAAUUCUGGGGGGCCUCUAGUGAACUUGGAUGGUGAUGUGAUUGGCAUAAACACACUGAAGGUAACUGCAGGAAUCUCCUUUGCAAUUCCCUCGGAUCGCAUUCGGCAGUUCUUGGCUGAAUUCCAUGAGCGCCAGCUGAAAGGAAAGGCUCUCUCACAGAAGAAAUAUCUGGGUCUGCGCAUGCUACCCCUCACAAUGAACCUGCUUCAAGAAAUGAAAAGGCAAGAUCCAGAAUUCCCUGACGUGGCUUCUGGGGUUUUUGUACAUGAGGUGAUUCAAGGAACAGCUGCUGAGAGCUCUGGGUUGAAAGACCACGAUGUAAUUGUCAGCAUAAACGGACUGCCUGUCACCACGACAACCGAUGUGAUUGAAGCUGUUAAGGCCAAUGAUUCACUUUCCCUCCUGGUUCGUCGGAAAAGUCAAACUUUGAUCCUGACAGUCACACCUGAGAUAAUCAAUUAAGAGCCUUGCUUUAAAGAUAAAUUAUCUAACAAA